AAAGAAGCUAGCUAGCUGUGGAGAAAUUAAAGGAAAGCAGAUAAAAAACUUCUCUUGCAUGCCCAUGCAAUUAUUAUCAAAAUGAACAAGGAUUAAAAAGAAGCUAGCUAGCUGUGGAGAAAUUAAAGGAAAGUAGAGAAAAUUUUCAAAAGGUCGAGGUAGCGAAGCUAGCAAAUCAUGAUGAUGAUAGCCAAUUAACCUUCUUGUGCACAAGCCACAUAUUUCCAACCAUCGCACGCGGGUGAGCAUCGAUCGAUCAUAUACGUACAUGUUGCAUGCAUGUCGUCGUCGUCUUCCGCGUUGUUUGAUGCAAAUGUAACCGGCCGGCCGGCCCCUUAAUUAAUUAGUUUGACCGGAAGCAUGCAUAACGACGAUGUUAUGGAUGACACCCAAAUUGAAUGCCACAACCAAAUUAUAGCAAAUGAAGAGAAUGCAACAACAAGCCAUGAUGAUGAUGAUGAUGAUGAUGAUCAACAAGAAUACAAAAAUGUGUUGCCGCCUGAUCUACUUAGAAUAUCCCAAGACAUCGAUCGAUACAUCUUUGAUCUGCAGAGCUCUACAGAACCAUCCUGCAAGAUGUCCGUCCCUGACGUUCCCAUUUGCGUGGAGCAGUUCACUGUCCUUGUGGAGGAGAUGGUGGAUGAAAAGGAUGGGUGUGGUGUGAAAUGGAGUGAGUUGGAUGAAGCGGCGGCCGAUUCUUUCCUCCAAUCCACCAAUCGCCUGUCUAAGCUUUCCAAAGUGCUUCUUCAUUUCUCCUCUGAGUACAAAUAUGCAUACUCCAUCAGUCGGGUUGGGGGCAUCCUCCAGCGCCUCAUGUCCUACAUUGAACAUGCUUUCCAAUCCUAUCUAGAUGAUUACAAAAUGUGUCCUCCAGAUUCAUCACCCGGGGGUGAUCAUCAUCAUCAACUUGAUGAGCCAUCAGCAUCCAUAGAGAACAAGGAAGAGGUGGUGGAGGAGGGGAUGUUGAAGAAACUAGGAAAGGCAAUGAUGUUAGGGGCGUACGAGGCAGAGUGUUGGCACGCAUACUUUGCGUCACGACAGAUGAUGGUAGAUGAGAGCCUCCGCCGUCUCGGGUUCGAGAAAUGGACCGUGGAGGAGGUGCAUAGGAUGGGGUGGGAGGGUUUGGAGAGAGAGAUUGUGGCGUGGCUGAGAACGUUCAAAUACUGCUCCACCAACCUUCUCUUGUCUGAGCGCAAGCUCUCCACCUCCAUCUUCGAGGACUACCCUUCCAUGUCAGACAGCAUAACAAGGGAGCUGUCUCGCUUCACGCUGACCCAGCUCCUUGAUUUCUCCCAUGCGGUCACCGCCACCAGUAAGCGCGUCCCAGAUGAUCAAAGGCGGCUUUACAAGCUUCUAGACAUGUACGAGGCCUUGCGAGACCUGCUUCUUCCCGCCAGGCUAGAAGACGAGCAGGUGAAGGCGGAGGCCUUAUUAACCCAGUGCCGCCUUGGGGAGUUGGCCAUCGCGAUGGUGCAUGAGCUUCUGGUGGAGCACAUGAUCACAAUGAAUUCGGCGACAAAGAACCCGCCGCCAGCUGGCGGGGGGAUUCACCCACUAACCCGCACGGCCAUGGGCACCAUAGAGCGCAUGUGUGCAUACAAAGACACAUUGGAGCAAGUGUUCGCGCAGAAACAACAACAACAAUCAUUGGUCGUUGCUGCUGAUGCUAAUAAUAAUUAUGAUGACUUCAAGGUGCAAAUUGUGAAAGCAAUGGAGGUGAUAGAAAGCAACCUGGAGGCAAAGUCAAAGCAAUACAAAGACCCCUCCCUGAGCUUGAUCUUCCUGAUGAACAACGGGCGGUAUGUGAUGCAAAAAGUGAGGGGAUCAGAGGGGAUGAGCAGCCUGAUGGCCGGGAGCGGCAGCGGUGGCUCAUGGAUUCGGAAGAAGUCUGCAGAGCUGAGGCAGUACCACAAGAAGUACCAGCGGGACACGUGGGGGAGACUGCUGCAGUAUUUGGGCGGUGAAGGGCUGACGGCGGGGUCCAACGGGAAGGUGAACAAGCCGGCACUGAAAGAGCGGUUCAAGAGUUUCAAUGCGACGUUUGAUGAGAUAUAUAAGGCGCAGAGCAGUUGGGUGAUCAGUGACGAGCAGCUCCAGUCCGAGCUUCGAGUGUCCAUAUGCAACAUGGUGGUCCCCGCAUACAGGUCCUUCAUCGCUAGGUUUAGUCACACCUUCACGCCUGGGAGGCAGACUCAGAAGUAUGUCAAAUAUCAGGGUGAAGAUCUUGAGAAGUACAUUGAUCAGCUCUUCGAUGGAACUGCCACCAAGAAGAAAUAAUUAAUACUACAUUUAUUAAUACUUACGUACAGAUAAUACCUACAUCAGCGCAGCA